UGGUAUCGCGUCCUUGUCAGGUGGGUGAGAGCGUGGAGAUGCACUGCGAGGCGGUGGAGGCGGAGGGCACGGCGCGGCCGACGGUGGCGUGGCGGCGGCGCGACGGGCUGCCGCUGCAGAAGGCGCGGGUGCGCGCGCUGGGCGGCAACAUCACCAUCGACACCUUGCGGCGCCAGGACUUCGGCAUCUACCAGUGCGUCGCCGCUAACGAGGUGGCAACAAUCACAGCGGACACGCAGCUAGUGAUCGAGGGCACGCAACCGCACGCGCCGUACAACGUGACGGGCACGGCCACCGAGUUCCAGGUGACGCUGCGCUGGCAGCCCGGCUACGCGGGCGGGCCCGACUACAAGCAGGACUACACCAUCUGGCACCGCGAGGCCGGCUUCUCCGAGUGGACCAAGGUGCCCGUCACCCCGUCCGGCGCAACCACGGUAACAAUAAACCGCCUACAACCGGGAACGACAUACGAGUUCCAAGUGAACAGCAAGAACACGAUCGGAGAAGGAAUGAUGAGCAAAGCGAUCACUAUCCGGACGCUCGAUGUGGGCGCCAAGCCGAAGCCGGCGCCCACGCCGGCGGGCCCGCCCGACGAGAAGGUGUUCCCCACUGCACCCGAGGCUACCGGUCCAAAAUCGGGUCCACCCCGCAACCUGACAGUGACGGAAGUCCACAACGGGUUCCUCAUCACGUGGCAGGCGCCGCUGGAGCGCGCGUCGCUCGUGCAGUACUACACCAUCAAGUACCGCACCGACGCGCACUGGAAGACGCUCAACCGCGGCCAGAUCCGCCCGGAGGAAACCAGCUACCUCGUUAAAAAUCUAGUGGGCGGUCGCACAUAUUACUUCCGCGUGCUAGCCAACUCGGCGUCCAGCUUCGAAAGCUCCGAGGAGGUGAAGUUCCCGGUCCCGGCCCGCGUGAAGCACAAGGCCAUCACCGCGGGGGUCGUGGGCGGUAUCCUGUUCUUCAUCGUGGCCAUCAUCCUGUCGGUGUGCGCGGUGAAGAUCUGCAACAAGCGCAAGCGGCGCAAGCAGGAGAAAGCAUACAACAUGGUAGCGGCGAGACUCACGGAUCUGCGCGCCCAUCACAGCACUCAAGUGCCUUUUAAGAAAUUUAGUGAACGCGGAAUAUCGAGUUUAGUGCAGUGUUUGCGGCUGACGGCCAACUGGGUGUGGCCCGCGUCGCGCUGCGGGCGCGGGUCGCGCGGGUACUGGGCGCCGUCGCUCGGCUCCCUCCCCCCGCCGUCCCCCUCCCCCUCCGCCGCCGCCUCCCCCUCCCCCUCGCCCGCGCCCUCCUCCUCCGACGACGGCGGCUUCCUGCCGCGCCUGCGCGCGCCCCUGCAGCCCGCCGCCGCGCCGCCGCUGUUCCGCGCCUCCUCGCCCGCCCCCUGGCCGCCCUGGCCGCCGUGGCCGCCGUGGGCGGCCGCCUGGACCCCCUGGUCGCCGCUCCACAUCUCGGACCUCAGCUCCGUGCCUUUCCCGAGCUCCGGCGAGGGUUCGUUCCCGACGCCGCCGUCGCCGUUCCGGCCUCGCUUGCGACCGGCGGGGUUGACGGGGGUGGCGACGGUGGGCGCGGGAUGGCGGCCCGGCCCCGCCGCGCGCCGCCACCGGCCUCGCGCGCCCGCCGAGCCGCCGCCGCCGCCCCCGCACGAGGCCUCGCCCGAGAGCCGCUCCUCGUCCAGCGGCUUCGGCAGCAAGAACGCGUCGUCGUCCGCGCACAACCGCAGCAGCCGCGCCGGCAGCGUGGCCGAGUGGCGGCCGCCGCCGUACCGGCCGCCGCCGCUGCCGCCGGCGCCGGCGCCGCGGCCGGGCUCGGCGGCGGACGCGGGCUCGGUGGACGUGCACUACGAGUGGGACCGCGCCACGCGCACGCCGACGCCGUCCACGCCGGAGCGGCGGCCGCGCGCGCGCGACGACGUGGAGGCGAGGGUGCGCGCCAUGAAGGAGGAGUUCCUGGAGUUCCGCAAGCGGCAGGCGCUGCGGCGCCGCUCGCCCGAGCCGCCCGUGUCGCCGCUGGCGGUGUACCCGCUGUCGCCACUGUCGCCGGUGGCGCCGCUAGCGGCCGCGCCGGCCGAGAGCGUGUGCUGAGUGGAAUACCUUCGGUCCCGUGCGCCCGGAGACGGCGACCGGCCGCAAGUCCCUCGGCUGGUUCGUGACGCUUAGAUGAGUUACGUAGAUACUUCCUUUUUCGACUCGGACGUCGAGCCGGAUAUAUAGAAAGAAUGGGCACAAUCACGAUUCUUCCGACAAUUAUCGCCUCGAAAGUAGUCGCGGCCCGAGUUUUACUCGUUCGAGGGGCAUUCCGAAAUAGAUACGGUUAUGAUUUGAUACGUUCGUAUUAUUACGUAGAGUAAAGAUCCCACCUCGGCCCCGGCGCGGUGCGCGGGGCCCUAGAUGUCUAACAUAGCUCUUAGGGAACGAUGACUCCAGUCUCUCGAAGCAAAUGACUGCUAUAAUUAUAGUACAUAUGUAGAAAGUGGAUGCCGUGGCGCUUUGCGUCCGCCCCGCUCGCCCGCCUUUAUUAAAACGAAUCGUCAAUUAUUUUUCUGAAUAUCUCAUAUCUGUUAAAAUGUUUUUACGUUCUAAAAAUACUACAUGAAAACCUUAGAUUUUUUUCUGGAAUUUUAAAAUUAUACGGAAAUGACAUAAGCUCACAAUGGGAAAUGUAAAGCCGCACGUGCCAUAUCGGGCGCGCGGGGCGCGGGGCGCGCAGCGUCCGCCUAAACGCUUUAGGUAUGGGCGGGUAGCAUCCACGACGCCGCUCAUACCAACAUUAUAUUGUAGUUAUUAUUGUAAGUAAGGAUAGCUAACGUUAUACACGCGAGCGAGCGGCGAGGGACCGCGCUCGCUCUAACAUCAAAUAUGAACAAAGUAAUUUUAAGUAGGUUUUUAGUCGUAACGUUCAAAAGUUGCAAAUUAAACUAUGUUUCGUAACUAUUCUCAAAUUUAUAAUUAUUUCAAGUACAAAUUUAUUGAUUCUAUUAUUUAUGUACCUACGUUAUAUAAUUUUUAAACUGUACAUAUGUAAAAAACAUAAGUAGAUAUUAUAUCUUGUACACUUAUUUAUUUAUACGGUAAGGUUCUGUCUGAGGAAGCGGCGAGCCCGCGAGGCCGGGCGUCGGUGUCGGCACGAGGCCGAGAGUCGGCGCGAGGCCGGCGGCGACGACCGGGUGUUGGAGUCCAGUCAAUUGAUUUGUAAAUUUUCCAUAUCCCCGCGUCAGACCUGUCUGGCUUUACAAAUACACUGAGGCAUCUUAAAUAUCGUAAUUAUAUCGGUUCCUGGAGCGAUCCCACCUAUAGUUGACCAGUCAUAGCCAAGACUGUUUAGAGUUACGUUUGUUAUUAGUUAAUUCCUAUCGAUGAAUUUUUGUUAUAAUUUCGCAUAAUGCACUCUAUUUGUAGAGCAUGUUCAUGUAAUGCAUACGUUUUGUUUCAAUGAUACGAAUUUCGUAUUAAGGACCUCCUAAUAAGUAAGAAUAAAAAUGUACGCUUUAAAGAAAUUGAAAUAAAAUAACUCGUAAAGUAAUAGAUAGGUAGUUACAAUAAGGUGUAGUUAUGUAUAUGCGUGCAUGGAGCGUCUCGUGGGAUCACGGGGCGCCGGCGUCCGGGACAGCGCCGGGCCGGACCUGAGCCGGGCCGGACCCGGACCCGAGCCGGAGACGGAUCAGGACGGGCCGCGGACGCCAGCGCCGACGGACGCAUCAUUAGUUCACUGCCGAUGACGAUUUAGCAUGUAAGAUACGUAUAACGACACUCGGUAGAAGUUCUUUUUUAUUUUCUUACAUGGUUCGAUAGGUAUCCCCAGCCAUAGCGUUACAUUUAGAGUGAUAGAGUCGACAAUUUGUGCAUUAAAUUAAUCCACGAUCAAAAUAAUUAAUGAUAUGUUAAAAUGUGCUCAAUUCUUUCGACUGACCAACUGUAAUAUUAUUGAUAACAUUUUGAGUCACGAUGUAUGUAUUUAGCACGAAUUUAAGGAGCGACGUAGGUUCAUAUUGUUCGCGGCGAUAUUUAAGCGAUGUACUGUAACUAGGAGAGGAUAGCUAGCUGUAAUAUUUCGAGUCGCCGUAACUCAGGGCAAUGCCUACAUUCAUGUGACGUUUAUUUGCCGCAUAACGAACCUACUGCACGCACCACAAUAGCUAUUAUUUUAGGUAUUCUUACGACACGUAUAGCAGUUCACGACCUCGAGUAGGUAGUUAGAAGUUUAUUUUAUCUUGCUCUGACUUUUAUUCGCCUAACCGACUUUACACGAAAACAGAUAAAUAAAGUGUGAAAUUACAGUUAGAAAAAAGAUUUAACCUCGCGCGUUUGACACUUCAAUUAAUACGCGCGCGACGUUCACUAUGUGUAAUUGCUUGGUUAUUUCUUAUACAUACACGUUAUAAAUAUACCUAGAUAUAGCUCAAAAACCAUGUGAUAUCUAGUCUUUUCCAUUCCCUAUUAUGUCCUUAAUUCGUUUACAUUUAAUAUGGUAUUAAGUGUGAACCGUACUGUCCUACUUAAUUUCUCGUGAAGGCCUACUUACGUACUUACUGUGUAACAUAUGUAUAGUCAAAUGUUAACGACGUAACGACAAGUGUUAUCUCUAGGUACCGCUGUUGGGGCGCUAAUAUUAUCUAUUCAAACGCAGAGCACACAACUUCAAGACUUUAUAUUGUUUUUAUUAAAAACGUAUAGCGAUGUCACGAGGUAGUUUCGAAGCAUAACCUAAAGUCAUUCGAUAUUUCUAUAGACUAAAAUGAAAAAGAUAGCAAUAUAUUAGACUAAUAUAUCUAAAUCGUAUAUAUCGGUUUAUAUAAAACAGUAAUAUGCGUGCACAUUGGCGAAAUGUAACGCGGAGAAAAAAGGGGCACCCCAAACGUAAAUAAAUAAAGAAUUAAGGCAUAUUUGCACGAUAUCUCAGCACAAUACAUGAUAAAUAAUACUCUAUUAAUCAAAAUAUCAUUCCAACAGCACGAAAUUAAGAUAGGUAUACUCCAACAAACCACAAUACGAAUAAGAACGAGUGGAAAUGAAACAUCUACUUGCACAAGCCACCUUUUUAUAACUCGAUCGAAAUAACCAUUAUUUUUGUUUUAGAAUAUUUUUAGUUCGUAAGUGUUGAGAUCAUGUGUUUACUGUGUAAGCACAAAAAGGAUUCAAUUCAAAAAUAAAAAAUACAAUAAUGUUGCUAUAAUUAA